GUCGAACCCUUCUCCCAAAACCGUGCCCUCUUUCGGCAUUUCACACCACGCUCGUUCCUCCCUCUCCCUCUCUGUGUUUUUCUUUGAAAAUCUCUGGCCUUUCGUUCUCCGAAAACGCAUUUCAAAAACCCUUUUCAAACUCCGUUUCCGUCUCCAAAACCCAGUUUUUCGUUUCUGAGAACGGUCGGAAAACAAAGCCCAAAAUCCUUCAGGCAUUGAAGCCUUUGAAGAGUUCGAUUCGGAAACAGAUACAAAAACCCCUCAGAAAUCCGAGUGUUUUCCUCAGAAGGUAGGAAAGACACCAUUUCGUCCUCCGGCGGGUUGUCUUGUCUUGUCGACGUUCUGUUCGCUUGAGAUUUACGUUACAAUGAAGAGAAACUGAAACUGGUCGCAUUUUCUCGUGAUAUUUCUAAGAUGGAUUCGGUGAGACCAUCAUCUGUGACCCCGAAUAAGAGUAGAUUCGCACGUACUAUUGCUAAAGUUCUUCAUCUUCGGGCUGCAACAGGUAUUGCCCCAGUCGAUGGGGUUCAAAAAGUCAAGUCCCAAGAAUUCAGAAUUCCGAAGGUUAAGUCCCAAGAAUUCGGAAUUCCGGACGUUAAGUCCCAGGAGUUCGGAGUUCAGAAGUUUAAGUCCCAGGAGUUCGGAGUUCAGAAAGUAAAGUCCCAAGAAUUCAAAGUUCAGAAGGUUAAAUCCCAAGAAUUUGGAGGUCAUAAGGUAAACUACCAAGAAAAUGGAGUGCAGAAGGGGAAGUCUCAAGAAAUUGGAAUUCAGAAAGUCAAGUCCCAAGAAAAUGUCAAAAAUGACCGGAAUGGUGGUAAGGUUAUGGUUGGUCGGUCUGAGUCAUUUGACAAGAACAAUGAGGAGCUUCAGGAAAGAGUCGCCCUUGAGGCUCUUGUAGCGAAACUGUUUGCAAGCGUUUCAUCUGUCAAAGCUGCGUAUGCACAACUACAGUAUGCUCAGUCUCCCUAUGAUGGUGAAGGAAUCCAAGCUGCUGACAAAGAGGUAGUCUCCGAGUUGAAGAACUUGUCUGAGUUGAAGCGGUGUUUCUUAAAAAAGCAGUUUGAUCCUAAACCUGAGACUACACUGGUUUUGGCUGAGAUCGAGGAGCAGAAGAGUGUUCUAAAAACCUAUGAAAUCAUGGGGAAAAAGUUGGAAUCUCAGGUGAGGCUUAAGGACUCUGAAAUUGUGUUUCUUGGAGAAAAGUUAGAGGAGGCCAAGAAUCAGAAUAAGUUGCUGGAGAGAAGAUUAAACCAGAGUGGGCAGCUACAUGUGUACAAUCUUCAGUUAUCUGGUUCAAGUCCUAACCAUUUCAUUACUGUUCUCCGACACACAGUAAAGUCCAUUCGGAGCUAUGUUAGGAUGAUGAUGGAUGAUAUGAAAUCUACCGGUUGGGACAUUCAUGCAGCAGCUAAAGCGAUUGACCGCAAUGUGGUUUAUUGGAAAGAAGACCACAAGUGUUUUGCAUUCGAACACUUUGUUUGCAAGGAAAUGUUCGAUGCUUUCCAGCAUCCCAACUUCUUACUCCCAAAUGAGUCCUUGCCAGAGAAAAAGAAACAACAGCAGCAGCUCUUUUUUGUGAGAUUUACGGAGCUCAAAUCAAUGAAGCCGAAGGAGUACCUUGCCCAGAAUCCCAGAUCAGCAUUUGCUAAGUUCUGCCGUGUCAAGUACUUACGACUGGUGCAUCCCAAGAUGGAAACAUCAUUUUUCGGCAAUCUGAAUCAAAGAAACCUCAUCAAUGCAGGUGAGUUUCCGAGCUCUAAUUUCUUUACUUCGUUUGCUGAAAUGGCGAAACGUGUCUGGCUCCUGCAUUGCUUGGCCUUCUCCUUCAAUCCUGAAGCCGCAAUCUUCCAAGUAAGCAAGGGAUGCCGAUUUUCAGAAGUGUACAUGGAAAGCUUAGCUGACGAAGCGUUCCUCUCAACAACAUCUGAACCGCAGGUGGGAUUCACAGUUGUUCCGGGAUUCAGACUCGGUAAAUCUGUCAUUCAGUGCCAAGUUUACCUCACUCGGUUGCAAUCCGCUCCGACAAAGCAAAGGUAAACCGUGAUUGAUCGUCGGCAAAACUCGGGCCCCACAACAUCGGGUUUACUUUCCUGUUUGGAUCUCGGGACGAAGUUGCGGGGCACUUCCAACUUGGUCACUUUUGGUAAUUUCAUCCUCCAUACUUUGAAAAAGGGAAAGCGCGUUGGACCGUUGUGUUGGAAGCUACCUUUUGAAUCUUUUUUUAUAUUUUUUUUGCAUCAUGUCCUAGUUUUUUAAAUUUUCUUCCAAGGACAUUCCAAAAUUUUGUUAAUAUUAGGACAAGUGACAGAGGGAUUGUCUAGCUGUUUUGCAUCAUUGUUAACCGGACAUGGGCAGGUUUCUUAAUUAUGUAAAUAACAAUAUAUAGUCGGAAUUUUUUGUGUUCCUAUUUCUUUUA